CUUUGAAGCAGAGAAUUGUUAAGCUGUUGAGAAUACUCCGUAAAGAGAACAGGAAGAAUGGAGUUUUAGUUGGGAGAAUUUCUGAAGAUUGAUGCUGCUGAACUGGAUUCUUUGGCUAAACAUUUGAUACAAUUAUAACAGCGACUUCCGGUUACCUUCGGCCCGAAGUCUCCCGGCUCUCCUAACUUGGCCAUCAGCCCAGGAGCUAAAAGCAACAGUAAAAAGAUUUUGGACAUAAAAGGGCUGACCAUGUCGCUCCGUUUUGGACAACAUCUCAUCAAGCCUUCUCUUGUGUUUCUGAAGACAGAGCUGUCUUUUGCACUUGUGAACAGGAAACCUGUGGUCCCAGGCCAUGUUCUCAUUUGCCCUCUCCGCCCUGUGGAGCGUUUUCGCGACUUGCAUCCUGAGGAAGUGGCUGAUUUAUUUCGCACAACACAAGCAGUUGGCAAUGUAGUGGAGCAACAUUUUGGAGGAACUUCGCUCACCAUUUCGGUUCAGGAUGGUCCUGAAGCUGGACAGACUGUGAAGUUGUCUUCUAAAGGUGUGAAAGGGGUGCUGCAUCCUGCAUUUCAGCACGUUCAUAUCCAUGUACUUCCAAGGAAGCCAGGUGAUUUUGACAGAAAUGACAACAUCUACGAUGAGCUUCAGCGUCAUGACAAAGAAGCGGAAGAUUCCCCCAGCAAAUGGAGAACUGAGGAAGAAAUGGCAAUUGAAGCUGCAAUCCUCAAGAAAUAUUUUCAGUGAAUGAAGAGGAGCAACACAAUCUUUUCAAUUAGUUCUGAAGCGGGAGAAGUGGAGAAGAGCCUCUUUUGUUCCCAGCUAAACUAGAAUUGAAAUGAUGGAGGAUGACAACACGUUUAGUAAAGAUACUGGAUAAAACAAAGAAUGUUUUAUCAGUCAGGGUCUUACUUAGGUUAAGAGGCUUCUUAGCUUUGGUUUCAUUAAAGAUAUUUGAAUUUGGGAUGUGUGUAUGAAUAAAUAUUCCUGAGUUGUAACAUCUCAAACCGAAAGUAAACACUAAAAUUUUAGAUAAUAAAUUCGUUGUGAAAAUA